ACGUGGCCCUGGGUUCAGGGGUCAAAUUAGGUGAUUGUGUAUGAAGUAACGAUAGUUAGACAUGCAUAUUGUUGACUGAAAUUAAGAUUUAAUCGAAUUUUGUCUGAGCUGUUGUACCGUGUUAUAAACAAAAGAAAUAUUGUUUGUUUGUUUUAUCCUCCCAUAGGCACUUCGAAAAUGUUAUGCAACACGUUUGUAGUUAGCCUACCUGUUUUUAGUUGUUUCCACGAGACCAGAUGCCGCAAACCUAUUUGUAAGGAGACCGUUGGGAAAAUACGGUUAGGCUAAAACGCUGUAAAUUUAAUUUGGACUUUUGAUAACUCAAGCAAAUAAGAGUUGUUAAUUGUAUUUGGAUAAUUUACUUAAUACAGAUAAAAUAUACAUUUCGCUGACAUGUUUAGACAGGCAGUCCAAUUUUGAUAUUUAUUUUAUAACGUGAAGAUCUGAUUGGUCAAAAGGCCUAUUGAUAUUUUUAUGAAACAUGUCUUUCUAAAAAACCAUUUGUGGCCUAGCCACGUUUUAGCUAGCCUUUCGUAUUGUGUUAAGAACGUCACAGCAAAUCAACAUAAUGGAUCCGUUCGUGAUGGACCGUGAGAACAUGGAACUUGUUGGAGUUACCGUGGAUGCCAUCACGUUUUGGGCACAGGUUGUCAAUCAAGACCAACAAAUUAAAAACAUAAAUAAUGUCUUGGCGGAGAGAUGCCCUGCAGCCCCAGUGUUACAUGGAACACCCAAUCCUAAAAAGAUUUAUGGGGCAGUCUUCUCUGGGGACAGUUGCUGGUACAGGUGCAAGGUGCUGCAGCAGAAUGACGAUAAGUUCCAAGUGUCCUUCAUUGACUAUGGGAACACUGAGCUUGUCAGUCGGUUAGCUCUGGUGGAGCUGCCAGAGGAUCUACAGUCACAGUGUUUCACCAAUAACUACAAGUUGUGGGGUUUCCAUGUGUCCACUGACGAAGAUGCAACGCAUUUCCAGCAGGGAAAGGCCUACCUUCAGAAUCUGAUUUACGGGAAAAAGGUGCGCAUCCAGAAGAAGUCUGUGUGUUUCAACGGGACCAUCCUCGUCCAGGCAUUUCUGGGCAACCUAGACAUCGGAGUAGAAGUUCUGAAGAUGAAGUUUGCCACGCUCAACCUCCCUGGGGGUAACUGUGAGAGCCCCAUGUCGGUGCAGGCCCUUUACGGUUACGGUGACAUGCUGGCCGUCCCGGUCAGCAUGCCAAAAUUACGUCCGGCUUUUGACGACCAGAGACCCCUGUCACUGAAGAAAAAGAGCUCAGGCACAGCCCAGUGUGCUGCCAACCUGGGGAAGACGCCACACCAGGAGCUGGUGGAAGAGAACCAGAGGCUCGAGGUAGAAAGAGAUGCCCAGCAGUGGAGCUCACAGCACAAGGAACACAUGCUAAGAGAGAGUGUCUCCGAGCUCCAGACAUUGCUGGAACAGACGGUUAAUGAUGCAAAAGAGGGUGACCGAUGUAAGGCAGAGCAGAAGACACUGCAGUGCAUAUCAGAGCAGCUGGAGAAACACCUGCAAGAUGCCAAAGAGGAUGAGCCGGGAGAGUUACAGCAGAAGCAGGUGGAUAGGUUCUUGGGCUCUCUGGUCGCAGAGCAGUUCUCCAGGCUUGCUGAGAAAGUCAAUUCCCUGAGAGGAUUAAGAGAGAGAACCCUGGGUAACACUGAAAGUGACAGCCUAAUGGAGUCUAUCAGUGUUGUUAUAAACAACCGCAUCUCUGCGCCCGUUACCAUGGGGAAGAUGGAUUCGGCUUGGAGUGACUACAAAGUAGCUCAGGACAAGGUCAAGGCCUGCCAGACGAAGGAGCAGCUUGGGGAACUGAUGGGCAACAGGGAUAAGGUGAGAGCUGUGCUGGCUGGCAUGGUGGAAGCCUUCAUACAGGAGGCUAAGUGUUUGCCACUCAGGCAACGCAUGGACAAACUUGAGGAAGUGAGCGCUUCCCUGACUGAGGUGUUUGGCCCAGCCGACCUGGAGGAGGACGCCGGAGAGCAGGCUUUUGAGCAGUUCUUCCAGUGGAGAACUCUGAGGAGCCGGCGUACUAAGUCUGUCAGAGACGAGACCGACAAGGCACUCAAGGCCCUGUGUACCUGGUCAGAGAACGUUGGCAAGUUUUUCUGUCUAUCGGCUAAGACAACAGUAAGUGUGAAGGACGUUGUGGAUGGAGUGAACGAGUGGAUAAAACGGGCAGGGAUUAAAGUUGCAGAGGAGCUGGACUUUUCCCAGUCAGUUGGGGAUCAGGACGGUCGCCAGAGCAAGGCCGUGUCCAAUGCCUUCCACACAGCCAUGCAGCAUAUCCACAAGGAGCUGGGUCUCCUGAGUGACAUAAUGGAGAAAUGUCUGCACAACACUAAAUUUCAGGGUGACAUGCUGCAUUGGCAGAGCGCCAGCCCGACUCCAGAUGCUCUGUUUUCUGUGAAGAAACACAUCCGCAGUUUGAGGUCUCAGUUGAAGUGGAGACAGGUGGAGGAGGGCAGCCUGGAGGAGGCGGAGGAUAUUGACUUAACAAAGAUUCUGAAGAAAAAAGAAGAGAUCGCUGAAACCAGAAAUGCUCUCUUCCAGGAAAUUGGACAAGAAAGACAGGAAUACAUGAAGCUAAGUGCUCUGGCUGAAGGGGGCUUUCCAGAGCUUCCCCUGCUCUACCCUGAGGCAGAUAUACAGAGCUACAUGAGAUCUGGUGGUCUGCUGAUGAAGAGUCUGGACAGGGACAUGUUUGACGCAGAGCCCAUGAGGGAACUGAGUGGACGCAGGCCUCUGGUCUGUACUGAGUUCCAAGGUCAAAGGGUCAUACUCAAGGGUUACACUGUGACUGAGGAGACAGAGGCCAGGAUGUUGCAGAGAACCGCCCAGUUUCACCGAUCCAGGAAGGAGAGUGGUAGUCAAACAGACUGCGGAAUACUCCCCCUUCUGGCACUGUUCUUUGGCAAGUCGGACCCUCUUGCAUAUGUGAUGGUGCCAUACUUCCCCAAUGCAAGCCUUGGCGCUGUCCAGGCUGCCAAUCCCCUUACUACCACAGAAACGGUGAACGUGAUGAGAGGAGUGGCAGAGGGACUCAAAGUCCUCGACGCUACAGGCAUCACCCAUGCCUCCCUCAACCCCAACAACGUGUUCCUCCUCCACCGACGCCAAGGCAUGGUGGGAGACUUCGACUUCACCAAGAGUCCUGUGCAGAGGGCUGUGGACAGUGGGAUGGUGGCUGGCUCGAUCAGCCUAGUGGCCCCGGAGCUCCGCCAGGCUCCAGGCACACCACCUAGUCCAGCCUCUGACAUGUACUCCUACGGCUGCCUGCUGCUAUGGUUGCAUGCCCCUGGUUUCCAUGGUUAUCUGGAUAGCGGAGAACUGAACCUGGAUACUAGUGGAGUGAAACUGCCAGGCUCCAAGCCCUGCUUUCUAAGCUUUUGGUUAAUGCUGGCAGGUUGACUGCCGCCGAGGCUCUGACUGAGGACUACUUCCUUUCUGACCCGUAACCAGGCAACCAGAAGCUAGGAGAGCAACUGUUACAUACUAUCAAUGUUUGAUUGCCAGUUUAACUUUUAAUUCUACUGUUUAGAACUGUUGUCAAUUUGCCAAUGUAAAAGCACUAUUUGAUUUGCUCAAAUGCGUAUUAUUUCCUGUUUAUAAUGUUCUGUUCGGUUAUCAGGUGUUGUUGCAGAUUUAUAACUUUAUCACCCCAGAUCCGUGUGUGUGUAUAUUGAUGUCAAUCCAGGUGCGGAAAAACACCCAUACCUGAAAACUGCAAUUUCUGUGCUGACACUAACAUAUUUUGUUGUUUUUGUUUUAAGUUGUAGUUAGUCUUUUCCAAACCUUAACCAUUUGGUAUUAAUACCUAACACUAACCUUCAUACCGAACCCAAAUGUUUUUUUAAUUUUACAUUGUGUAUAGAUGUUUAUUUCCCUCUGGAGAAAUGUCAAAUAUUGACUUGAACAGUAAGAUUACAUGUUGAAGUAACCAGUCAGUCUUACAGUUAAGUUUAAAAAAAUAAAUAAACUUCAUGUUCUUUGAA